GGCGGGCGCUUGGGCGGGCUCGGCGGUGGCGGCUGCGCGGCUGCGGCUUGAAGGAGACUCGAGGACGGGGCCCAGCACGGUGCCGGUGCCGCCGCCGCCGCCCUCCCUCCCCGCUCCAUGCGCAAGAUGCUGCUGGCCGCCCUCUCCCGAGUGCUGCCCGGCCCGGCCGCCGCCGCCGCCGCCGGCAGGACGGGAGCUGUUAGUGAGGCUUCUCGAGUGAUGGUAGCAUCACGUAACUAUGCAGACUUUGCAAAUGAAGCUACAUUUGAAAUCAAGAAAUGUGACCUUCACCGCCUGGAAGAAGGCCCUAGUACCACGGCAGUGAUGACUCGAGAGGAGGGGCUCCAUUACUACAAGACGAUGCAGACCAUACGACGCAUGGAGCUGAAGUCUGACCAGCUGUACAAGCAGAAGAUUAUUCGUGGCUUCUGCCACUUGUAUGAUGGUCAGGAGGCUUGCUGCGUAGGGCUUGAAGUUGCCAUAAAGCCUACAGACCACGUGAUCACAGCGUACAGAGCUCACGGUUUUACCUAUGCACGAGGUGUUCCCGUUCGAGAAAUUCUUGCUGAGCUUACAGGUCGAAAAGGAGGAUGUGUGAAGGGAAAAGGAGGAUCAAUGCACAUGUAUACCAAAAACUUCUACGGUGGUAAUGGUAUUGUUGGCGCUCAGGUUCCUCUUGGAGCUGGGAUUGCUCUGGCCUGUAAAUACUUUGGUAAAAACGAAGUCUGUCUGACUUUAUAUGGGGAUGGUGCAGCCAAUCAGGGCCAGAUAUUUGAAACAUACAACAUGGCAGCCUUGUGGAAAUUGCCUUGUGUUUUCAUCUGUGAGAACAAUCGGUAUGGGAUGGGAACUUCGGUUGAAAGAGCUGCAGCCAGUACGGACUACUACAAAAGAGGAGACUUCAUUCCAGGGCUCAGGGUGGAUGGCAUGGAUGUUCUAUGUGUCCGAGAAGCAACCAAGUUUGCAACUGAGCACUGCAGAGCUGGAAAAGGUCCUAUCGUGAUGGAGUUGCAGACAUACCGUUACCACGGCCACAGUAUGAGUGACCCUGGAAUAAGCUAUCGUACUAGAGAAGAAAUCCAGGAAGUGAGAAGCAAAAGUGAUCCCAUUACUUUGCUGAAGGACAGAAUGAUCAACAAUAACCUUGCAAGCAUCGAAGAAUUAAAGGAAAUUGAUGUGGCAGUGAGAAAGGAGAUAGAGGAAGCUGCUCAGUUUGCUACCACUGACCCAGAGCCACCACUGGAAGAACUAGGAAACCACAUUUACUACAACGAGCCACCCUUUGAAGUGCGUGGCCCAAACCAGUGGAUAAAGUACAAGUCUGUCAGCUAAAGGCCUUUUUAUUGGGCAUAACUUAUUCAUAAGAAUAAGUGAAUGCAUUACAAGAACUGUAAUGACUCAGAAAUAAACCUUGAUCUUAUUUAAAAGCUCUUUCAAAUAAGGAGGGGUUGUGUAAGGCUGUCCAUCAAAGUAUGGGUUGUCUUAAACACGCCUGAAUGUUGUUUUGGAAGGAGCUGCAUUAAGAGAAAGCAAUGGUUUAUUUAAAUUGCUAUGUAUUUGCUUUAUAAACUUUCCUUUGGAGUGCUGUAUGUGUCAUGUACAGUGUAAAGACAAAAAAUUAAACUUCAAUAACAUUUAA